AUGAAGUUCCUCGCUAGUCUCUCCCUCGUGCUGCCGCUGGCCUCCGCCGCGGCUGUCACCCCUCUCGAGAAGAAGAUCACCUACGAUGGGUUCAAGGCCUUCCGCAUCGCCACCCACAAUGAUGCGGCUUCCAUCAAGGCGAAGAUCGCCAACAUCGCUGCCAUCCCCUUCAACCUCGACAACAGCGAGCACUUGGAUGUGGCCAUCCCUGCUGGCGACAUCUCCAAGUUCGAGAAGCUCGGACUGGAGACUAGCGUGCUGCAUGAGGAUUUGGGUGCCGACAUCGCCGAGGAGGGCACUUUUGCUCCCUACGAGAGCAAUGGAGAUGCUACCAUUCAGGCCCUUCCGGACCUGUCGUGGUUCAACUCGUACCACGCCUUCGCCGACCAUCAGCAGUUCAUCCGUGACCUGCAGUCCAACUUCCCCUCCAACUCUGAGUUGGUGAACGCCGGCAGCUCGUACGGCGGACGCUCACUACUGGGCAUUCACCUUUGGGGUAGCGGCGGCAAGGGAUCUAAGCCCGCGAUCUACUGGCACGGCACCGUCCACGCUCGCGAGUGGAUCACCUCCAUGGUUGUUGAGUACCUCACGUACCAGCUCAUCGAUGGAUACCAGAAGAACGACGCUACUGUCAAGGCUAUCCUUGACAAGUACGAUUUCUACAUUCUUCCCAUCGUGAACCCUGAUGGCUUUGCCUACACCCAAACCAACGACCGCCUGUGGCGCAAGAACCGUCAACCCCGAUCUGGAAGCACUUGCAUUGGCACAGAUAUCAACAGAAACUGGCCUUUCAACUGGCAACUCCCUGGUGGCGCCUCCACCAACCCUUGCUCAGAGACCUACAAGGGUGUGGCCGCUGGCGAUACUCCUGAGAUGGUUGCUCUGAAGGCUUACACUGACCGCCUCGCCUCUGGCAACGGUAUCAAGCUCUUCAUCGACUGGCAUAGCUAUGGACAGUACAUCCUGCUUCCCUACGGUUAUGACUGCUCUGCCCGUGCCAGCAACCACGCACGCCAGAUGACUCUUGCCGGCAACACCGCCACGACUAUCGCUCAAUCCUACGGCACCCGCUUCACCUACGGCCCCAGCUGCUCAACUCUCUAUGCGACUACUGGCAGUGCUCCUGACUACCUUACAGGUGCUGCUGGCGCGGAGGUUGCCUGGACCAUUGAGCUCAGGCCGUCUGGCUCUGCUGGUGGUGGUUUCGUUCUGUCCGCCGCGCAGAUCCUGCCUAGCGCGAUUGAGCAGUGGAACGGCAUGAAGUACCUACUGGCGAACGUCUGA